GGCGAAUCACGCGAGCAUCGCGCAGCCCCUCGUGCACGCCAUCCGCGCCUAUCCGAGGACAUAUCGCGCGAACACACGCGUUCGCUCGUGGCUUCGUCGCAGCGGAUAAUUACGUGUGCGGUACACCGCCGCGUUUCCGCGGGUUCGCACAUGGCCGCGACACGUGCGUGCGCGCGGCGUUCACGCAUCAGACGCCAGCAAUAAAUACGGCCGCGAGAUAAGCGACAAUAUCGUCAGCUGAUAUCGGUCGUGCAUCUACUCGCGAACGCGGCCUGGAAUCGUGCCGGGGUUUCUUUGGAUGCAACGUCCACUCGUUAGGUCGUGGCGUUUCGAAGAGCUUGACGUGUAUGAUUUUGUAGCAGUUAUGUAUGAGGAUGUUAGGUAUGAUUUCCCUUGUUAAUGAUUCUUUUAAACGAUAGCAUUCUCGACCGUUCAUAUUGCGAUUAAAAUAUAACUUAGAAGUUUUUUGUAGAACGAAGUAGAUGAAAAUACAGUUCAUAAUCUGUUAGGUCUUUUCCACUAUUUUAUUUUAGAACUUUUCACCAUCUCAUUUUAGAAUAUUUCACCGAUUUACGAUUUCUUUAAACGAUAGAAUUCUUGAUCAUUCAUAUGACGAUUGCAAUAUAACUUAACAGAGUUCAUGUGGAUGGAACAAAAUCUGAAGUCUUGAACAUUCCAUAAACAAGCAAUCAUAGUCAAAUAAAAUAAAUGGUCUAUUUUUCGUUCCGAAAGGAACACUUAGGACAUCUCAAAUCUGUAUGGUGCAUAGUCUGUUGGCCUGAUUGUUAAUUUAAUUAAUCUGAAGAUAGAACUCGGACUGCGACUAUUCUAUAAAUUCAUUUCAAUAAAUGACUAUUUCAUAGAGUAUCGAUUCAAGAAACUACUACAAUGGGUGACGAUUGAGACGUCUUUUCAAUUUUGCAUACAUAUUAAUGUUUCGACCGUAGGUGAAUUACGAUGGCAAAUUUUCCAAAGUGAGUCAUUUUAUAACGCAACGAACCAGAGCCCCGGCUUAAACGAUGACCGCGGCGUUAAGAAACGCGCGGUGCGCAGCGUCGAAUAAAUCGCGAGGCUCGAGCGAGCGUCGCGCUUCCGCGGACGCUGAUUUAUGGCGGAGGAAAUUGUGAUAGCGCUGGCCAAGGGUCCCGACUUACGGUUUUCCCGCGGCGGACAAGGAAUUCCAAUUUAGACAUCCGCAGUGCCGUGUUCUUUUUCGCGUUGUUCGCGUUCAUGCGGGACGGCCCACGCUGGAAAACGCCGCGCAGGGUAAUUUAUGCUAGCUGCCGCGCGAACGACAAGUAUGGCGCGAUUAGAGGCGUCGUUGCCUAAUGGCGUCCGAUUGGUUUAGAUCCAACCGUUCUGGGGCCGAGUUGAGCAAAUUAUCAGCAGUUAAUUAGGAUUAAUUAUAAAACUAUUCGCGUUAUUUUCUCUUUUAUGAAAAAAAGUUACUUUUGUAUAGGUAGGUAAAGUAUUGUCUGGAAAGUCAAUGUCGAUUUUUGAUAGGUGGUACAGGUCUGAAUAUAUCUCUUAAAAGGUGGAAAGGUUGUGAAACAAAAUGAUAUCGAUGUAAGUCAAUAAAUAUAUACAUAAAGUUCAAAUGUACCUUUGAAUUUUUCUUAAAAAUUGGCACGAACUUUCUGAACAAUCCAAUAAAAUAUUGAAAGAAAUCUCUGAAAAUGUCAAGGUUAAUGGUGCUCGAUUGUUUACCUGAAACGAAGAAAUGACUUAAUUGUGGAGUAGUAAAAUUUAUGCACAGGUAGUUGAAGACACAACAAUCAUAAUUGUGUUAAUUUAAUGUCGUAGCCAUGUGAUACAAAUGCCACCACUGAGUAUGACAUCAUUGAAUGAAAAUAGACGAGGAUCUAAGACCUCUUUUCCUAGGCAAGUCGAUUCUUUUACCAGUCUAUAGGUAUCAUAAAUCUCAGAACGCUUGCUGUCAACACUACAGUCUCUACAUAAAACUCUACAUAGAAUAAAUCGUCUCAGUAAUCGAACCGAAAUCUGCAAAUCGUUACGCUCUCUACCGAUUCGCUUCUCCCUCGCUGUCAAACGUCUUCAACUUCUCUCCGCUACGUCCCACGAACUUCUCCGGUAAACAAUCUCGCCCAGAAAUCGCGCUCGUGGCGCGAACAGAAAAAUAACGAGGAAUACGCGACGAUGAAAAGAAAGAAAAAAACAAAACAUUCGACUACGAAUAAAAAAGAAAAGAAACGAAGCGAGGAUUAACGCGAACCGGUACAAAUGUUUCUUCUGCAGCAGGGUUGCGGGGUGCAGUUCAGACAUGGGAAGUGAGCAUUACUGCCUGAGGUGGAACAAUCAUCAGAGCAACUUGCUGGGUGUGUUCAGUCAACUGCUGGAGUCGGAGUCGCUGGUGGACGUGACAUUGGCGUGCACGGAGGGACCUUCGAUACGUGCCCACAAGGUAGUCCUCUCCGCGUGCUCCAGCUACUUCCAGGCUCUGUUCCUCGACCAUCCGAAUCGCCACCCCAUAGUCAUCCUAAAGGACGUACGUUUCGCCGAGCUACGUACACUCGUCGACUUCAUGUACAAAGGCGAGGUAAACGUCGAGUACUGCCAGCUAUCGGCCCUCCUCAAGACUGCGGAGAGCCUCAAGGUGAAGGGUCUAGCGGACAUGACGAACAUCAACGCGGCGGUAGCGUCGAGGGACGAACAGCAACAACCACCGCCGCAACAACAGCAACAGCAGCAGCAGCAGCAACAACAAACCCAGCAGCAACAGCAGCAACAACAACAACACACGAGCGCGUCCGAGGGUAUACAGCGCGAAACGUCGCGGGAACAUCACCGAGAACGCGAAAGCAUAAAGGAAGCGAGCAAUAAGGAGAGAGAUAGGGAAGGAAAUACAUCCGGUGGCACGGGGUUGCCAUCGGGAGGGGUGAAAGAAUGCGAGCAACCCCAACAAAUCGUAGUCCAACCACCCACCAGCGAGUCCACCGAGGCGGUAGACAUGACGGAGUGUCCGCCAUCGCCCACAGGACCCGGUAGCCCUUGUCCAGGACCCUUGGCCCUCGAUCGACCCAGGAGGGACUCCGAAGACGCUGCCAGCCUAGAGGAAACGAGGGGUUCCCUCAGUCCGAUCUCGGUGCACAGCGGACCGUCAGACAUGAGUCUCAGUAACAACACUGGUGGCACGCCUGGUGUGUUACCGUUGAACCUACCGCAGAGCCGGCUUCCGUCCCCGCACAGUACAGAACCUCUGGCGGGCCCUUCGGGGUUACCUCCAGUCCAGCAAGUUCCACUUUCGUUAAAAAAAGAGAUGGACUGGGAAAGGUCGACCGAGGAUCGGAGCGCGAGCAGCGAGAUAUCCACGGACUACAGACUCCCGCCAGAUCCGGUGUCGCUGGCGCUCGGUUUGGAAGCAGGGGGUUGGGGCGCCUUGGUGGAACGCUCGGGCGGCAGCGGCGGAAGCGGUUCCCUGUUAGGUCACGGCGGUUUCGCCGGUCUGGCUGGUUUGGCGCGUCGCUGCGGUGUCUGUCUGGCGACGUUUCCUUCCGCUUGGUUGCUGGAACGGCACGCGUUACUUCAGCACGCCGGCCAGGCGAGCGACGACAAGCCGUUCACCUGCGAGCAAUGCGGCCAGCGUUACCGCUACCGUUCCGCGUACGUGAAACACCGCGAGCAGAACCACCGUGCCCGUCUACCUGCCGACAAGCUCUUCACCUGCGACGUAUGCGGCAUGCAGUUCAGGUAUCUGAAGUCAUUCAAGAAGCACCGGCUGAACCACGCGUUGGAGCGGUUGCAGAGGGCUCCCGAGCCCCAGAGCAGCGUGAUGGCGGUGUCAGCGGCUGCGGAGCGCAGCGAUCAGGUGUCCAGCACCGGAGAACCCACGCAGCUGGAAACCGGAAGCGACACCACCACCAAUCCCAGCGAGGAGGAGACGAGAGCCACCUUCGCGGAGAAUCCUCGCGAAGAGAGCGUGUCGGAGACGGCCAGCCUCCACGAGAACCCUGGCGAGGCGGUCGAGGUUCAGAUGACGGAGGCUCCAGUGGUGAACGAGAGGGCUUCAGGCGGCGGUGGAAGCACCAGCGAAGCAGGGGACGUGGACGACAACGCGGUGGACGACGACCGACCCGAGCCGACCGAGGCGAUGAUCAGCCUGGCUCGCGGCAGCCACGAGGUGGACAGGCGCGAGCGUCGCUUCGCCUGUCCGUUUUGCGGUAAGUGCGUCAGGUCCAAGGAGAACCUGAAGCUCCAUGUGCGCAAGCACACCGGCGAACGACCGUUCGUCUGUUUGUUCUGCGGCCGAGCGUUUGGCGGCAAGAGCGACCUGACCAGGCAUCUCCGCAUACACACCGGCGAAAGGCCCUACCAUUGCGAGAUGUGCGGCAAGUGCUUCGCCAGGGCGGAUUAUCUCUCCAAGCAUCUCACUACGCACAUACACCAGCGCUGAACGAGGCUCAAAAACGAAUUCUGGGACGUUCUCGGCACUUAGUGCGUCUUCAGGGCGGCAGGGAUUGGCUUUUGUGUUUCUCGGGGAUCUGGGAAGGAAAGGUAGUUAUCAAACGAGUUCGCUAGACCUUGGAGUCCUGGGAACUCAUUUGCAUCGAUGGUGUGAGCAACCGUGGCUAGCGAUGUUGGCCAUUGUUAGGAUUACUUUGGAAUAUUUAUUUAACACGUUUUGUGCCAAGCCGUUUUUUUGCUCCACUUGUCCAUCGGGCCAGUUGAUGUUUUGACUAAAGAUUGAUAUGUUGAUAAGACUGCGGAUCUUUAUGCAUUUAUAGGAAAUUUAAAUGUGCAAAAAACUACAAAAUGCAAACAAUAUACAAGAAUAUAAAAGAGAUUGAAAGUAAAGUUCAAUAUUUGCAGAGAAAAAUAAAUUCCUAUUUUAGUUAGAUUUUUGUAGGCAAGUUCGCGAAGAUUUUAUUUUACAUAUAGUUCCGCAGUCUAGUUAUCACAUAAUAUUUCAUUACAUCGUCAAUCCAUAAGUAGUUAGUUUGUUUAGAGCAGUUAUCACAUCGUGUACCACCUGGGCUUCAUUCUUUUGGUGGAAAUAUAUUUAAAAAAAUCAAAGUAUGUUUUCAACGAAUUAAAUAAAUAUGUCUGCCUGUACCACCGGUGGUACACGUGACACGGAACGUGUUAAUAAUUGGAAGAGUGACUAUUGUGGAAACUUUAUAAUUUUCAGUGAAUUACUUAUUGGAAAAGGUCCAUAUCACUAUAGAGCUAGAAAGGUUGUCCUUGAAAGGAUUCAGAUUCAGUGAUCAGACUUUUUAACAAGAGUAACUUGUGUCUCAAUUUUGUAUCAGGUGAACCGAUACAUUGUUUUCGUGAAAACACCAAAAUUUAUCUUAAAUUACACACAUCACUUAGGGACAUCUUUUAUAGUUCUUCUAGUGAUACAAUGAUGAAUUUAGUAACAUGGACGUUUAGGAAUAUUCCUUAGAUGCAAAUGGGUUGAUGAUAACCUCUGCCGCCUCUAUCCAGGUGUAGUUAACUAAAAAAAGAUUCCUGAGAACCAGCGUGGUAGGAAUGUCAACAGACGAUGGGUUAAGGAUAAAGUAUCUCGAGUAAUCUUCCUCCCUCAGAGAUUUUUUGUACAUCGUCCAACUAUACAACGCUUUCAUGCUACCGAGGUCAAGCGAACCUCGAGCUCCAAAUUGCUGUCAAUGCAUGAAAUUAUUUACAGUAAGCCGAGUUGGCUCCUCGAAGCGUCGCCUUAGAGACCUACCACCACGAUUUCAGUUUGAUUUUGUAUUCUAAUGGUCGUCAGUUCGAGGAAGAGGAUGGCAGUCAAUCGCGGUGAGUUUCCAGCAGUCAACGAUCGGCCAUUCGCUCUGAUCAGUUAGGUAACGAUGCAAUCGCAAUUUGAAGUCGACGGAACACUCCUUCCACGUUGCAUGAACUAUGAGACACGGAAGCACAGCCGAUGAAAUAGUCGAAACGACGCACAAGCGAGUACGAGAACGUCCAAGCACGAGAGGAUGCCAUUCGAAGACGAGUCGUACACGCGCAAAGUACUCGUUUCAUCUCUUCGGAUUUCUCGAACGCUGAACUUUCGGAAAAACCCUGAAAUCGUAAUAUUUUCGAGGCUUGACUCGAUAGAGAUAAUUUCACGAGUAAGUGCGCGUCUUCGAAUCCUCCUCCCGGAGUUCGUUGAGCCAAAAGAGAUUUUCAACGAGUUUGUUUCCCCUCUGUUGAGAUGCUUUCGCGGAAACGCGGCCAUAGAGGCGAACGUUUCGAAUCGAGAAACAGAGAAGAGAAUCGCGUAUCUAUCCAGCCGUUGGCCCAGCAAGACGAGUCAAUUACGGAGAAAGAAGGAAACGAAGUAAUCGUCGGCGACGAUGGCGGAAAGCCAGCGGCUGGCUUUCGCCCUGCAUCGAAACGCGAGAGUCUCGCGUUAUCACGAACAUACACGCACUCGUGAAAGAAGAUAGCGAAGAGGCUAGUGGAAGACCAAGACGAAGAAGAAGAUGAAGUAAAAGAAGAAAUGUAGAAGAAGAAGAAGGUUUCUACAUAACGUUAGUGAAGCUAACUUGUGAUAAGGAUUUGAAACCAAAGAACGCAACGACGCGGCAGACAAAAGUCGACCGUAACAGUUCCUUUUUGUUGUCCUGAUAACGUGCUAGCUGUCAGUGGCCGAUGUGAUUUGUACAUCGCCACGCGGUAACGAUGAUUUUUCUGUGUACAUGCCUUGCAGUCUCGUGCAUGCCGCGGCUCUUGCUGCCACGAACAAGUCCCUCCGUUGGAAACGAAGCGUUAAAGUGAUAAAUGUUUUGUGGAGAACGCGCUUUUUGAAUGUAUUAAUAUCGAUUUGACGUUGACGUUCGACGAUGCCACGCGAGAAUAGUUUAGCGAUUUCAGUAGAAGCGAAAGAAUAGUUUUCCACUGCAGAUCCGUGGGACACCGCGGAUCGUCUGCAGCGGAGUGUAUUUUUUUAAUGCCCCUUGUUUGGUGGACGUUUGACGGACGUCGAUAUUAUUUUACGGGAGAAUGGCGUCAUUCGAUGAUGGUUCGGACUGUUUGCAGGGCCCUAAGGGUGCUUUACCCCGAAGGAUAGAGAAAUGCGGCACCUAAGGGUUGUCGUAUACUUUAAUUUAGAUUUUGGCGACGUUACGAAUGUUUUCCAUCAGAUACUCAGAUUCUAUAGAGACAAUUUGAUCAAAAUAAGAUGAAAUGCUUCGCCUAUCUUGACGUACGAUGAAGCUUCUUCAGAAGUUGAAACCGUUAGAGACUGCCACUCCAACUGAGUGUAGUCUCAGAUUCUGGAGGAAAAAUCAAAAUCUGGAACACUAUUUGAGAAUCCUCUGAAGAUCCUACAUUUUAUUUGAUUUCCCAUUCGAAAAACACGAAUCGGAAACGAAAGCACGGGUCGAAGGGCGCCAUUCCCCGCCAACAGCCGUCCUAUCAUUACCACAAAAGCAUAAACGACCGACAGGAUGGACUUAUUCGCCUAAGCGCGCGGCGACGUGUUCGAAUACGGCAUCGAACGGAGACCAGGCGCGUCUAUUACGCCUGGUUCGUCCUCGGAGUGUUGUCGGUGCCUUCGAACCCCCGUAUCCUCUUUAACGCGAUAUAGCAAUAACGUGUCUUUUAUUUCGUUCGUGGAGUACACGUCUGUCACGUGCAGAGAAAGCAAACGAUUUAGGUUGGUCGUCGAGAGCCGCGAAGUAGCGUCUUGUUGCACGGUCUAUACGGUCCUUCGAACCUCUUCUUAGAAGGAACUUCACUCCCAACGCAGAUUUUUGCGCAACUUUGUUCCUAGAUAGACCAUUAAAAAAUAUUAGACACGUAUUUCUCGUUUAUUGCCUGGUGAGCAUGUUUGAGGGAUGGAAACUACCUCAG